CGUCUUUUUCUUGGCCACGGGGCCAACCGGGCUCUCCUCCGUUUACGUGUUCUCAUGUCCCUAGUACGCAAACGCAUGAUUUAGAAGCGAUGCAUCAAAAUAAUCAGAGCAAAAACAGCCAGAGCCAGCCUGUGUAAAUCCUGUAAAGUUGCCGCCGGAGAAUGGGAAGCUCAGCAACGGCUCCAUGGAAGCAGCUUCUUUUAAAUGCCCUCCAAUCAAAUUCCCACCUCAAGCACUCCUCCUAUUUUCAACUUGCAACAGUAGGGAAUAACGGCAGGCCCUCAAAUCGAACUGUUGUUUUCAGAGGAUUCCAAGACGACAGUGAUAAGAUUCAGAUGAACACUGAUUCCCGAACUCGAAAGAUUGAAGAUCUCAAGCAUUGCCCUUUUGCUGAGAUUUGCUGGUAUUUCACUGACACCUGGGAGCAAUUCCGCAUUAACGGGAAAGUGGAUAUUAUUGAUGGAAAUAGUGCUGACCCUCUAAAAUUACAGCACAGAGAGAAAGCUUGGUUUGCUAGUUCGCUUAGAUCAAGACUUCAGUAUUUGGGACCUACUCCUGGACUUCCUUCUCUCAAUGAAGAAUUAUCUGAAAAAACCUCUUUAGACCCUUCUACUGGUCCUGUUGGUGCAUUUUGCUUACUUCUUCUGGACCCUGACCAGGUUGAUUAUCUAAAUUUAAAGAGUAAUGAAAGGCAAUCUUUUACAUCUACAAGGACUGGGAGUGGGGAAAAGUUCUGGACUUCAGAUAAAGUCAAUCCAUAGUGUCGUCUUGUGAUUCCAUGGUUUAUGCUGAACCUUAGCUAAUUUCAAAGCUUAUUAUUUGUAAUAAAAUUUCAUCCAUCCACAGUUGUGAACCCCUUGUGAAUUUUGCUAGUUUUCUUGAAGAUAAAUAAAAGAGGAUCAUCACUCGUUGUAUAUGAUUUAUAAGUUAUGUCA